AUGCUCGAGCCACGGCAUCAAAGCUCCUUCGAGGGCACAUCUCAAGCACCCACCAUUGCCGAGAGUACACCAAGCUUGGCAGGCACCAACGGAGAAAAGGAUGUCGAUACAGCUUCGAAAAGCGACGUCAUGAACGAGAAACUCCAACCAAUGGCUCCAACGCCCGCCGAGGCAGAAAAACUCACCGACUUGACAAAGACGAUAACGGCUCGGUCGCAAAACAGCAAUGCCCUAAGACAAACAGAAACAAGAGAGGAUGGUGUUGCAUAUCCCACAGGAAUCAAGCUCUUCCUGAUCAGCUUGGCCUUGUGUCUCAGUGUCUUCUUGAUUGCUCUAGACAAUUCAAUCAUCGCCACUGCUAUCCCAAAGAUCUCGGAUGAAUUCCACAGUCUCGGCGAUGUCGGUUGGUAUGGCAGUGCCUAUCUGCUCACCACAGCUGCCCUCCAGCUCAUGUUUGGAAAAUUCUACACCUUCAUGGAUAUCAAGCUCGUCUACCUGAGUGCCAUUGGCGUUUUCGAACUUGGUAGUCUGAUUUGUGGUGUCGCUCAAAACUCCGUCACCCUCAUCAUUGGCCGUGCCGUUGCCGGUAUGGGCUCGGCUGGUAUCUUUUCCGGUGCCCUCCUGAUCCUCGCCCACAGUGUCCCGCUCGCCAAGAGACCAAUUUACACUGGAUUGAUUGGAGGCAUGUACGGUAUUGCAUCCGUCGCUGGUCCCUUGAUGGGAGGUGCUUUUACUGAUAAGGCGACCUGGCGAUGGUGUUUCUUCAUCAACUUGCCAAUUGGUGCCGUCACCAUGAUUGUCAUCUUCUUCUUUUUCCCCAGCCCCAAGGUGGAUAAGCCAAAGGACGAAACGUUCUUGGAGAGGGUUUGGCACUUUGAUCCCAUUGGCACCGUUGUGUUCAUGCCCGCGAUCAUCUGCCUGCUGCUCGCCCUUCAGUGGGGCGGUACUACCUAUGCCUGGAACAGCGGUCGCAUUAUUGCCCUCUUUGUGCUAUUUGGCGUUCUCAUCAUCUUGUUUGUCCUGGUCCAGUGGCGACAGGGCGAAGAUGCUACGGUCCCCCCGAGAAUCCUCGCCAAUCGCUCCGUCUGGUCUGGCAGCUUGUACGCCUUCGGCACGGGAGCAGCCUUCUUCGUGCUCGUCUACUAUAUCCCCAUCUGGUUCCAAGCAGUUCAGGGUGUCUCGGCUGUUGACUCGGGUAUUCGCAACCUUCCAAUGCUGCUGGCCGUCGUCAUCUCGUCAAUCUUUGCCGGCGGCAUGGUCUCCGCGCUGGGUUACUAUGCUCCGUUCAUGAUUAUUGGCACCGUUCUCAUGUCCAUUGGCGCCGGUCUUCUCUCCACCUUCCACCCGGACAUCAGCUCGGGCAAGUGGAUUGGCUACCAGAUUAUAUUCGGUCUCGGUGUCGGCUUCGGAAUGCAACAGCCCAUGAUGGCUGUGCAGACUGCUCUUGACAUCACUGACAUACCCACCGGCUCCUCGGUUGUCAUUUUCCUGCAAACCCUUGGCGGAGCUCUGUUCGUCAGUGUCGCUCAGUCCAUUUUCACCAACCAGCUCGUUGCAUCGCUGGCCGAGAACGUCCCGACCCUUGACCCUACGAUCGUGGAGUACGCUGGUGCCACGAACCUCAAGUCUUCGGUCCCCGCCGAGUUUUUGACUGGUGUCAUUGCGGCAUACAGCACUGCGCUCACCAAGGGCUUCCUGGUCUCGAUCGGCCUGGGUGUAUUCACCGUCUUCGGAAGCGCCUUGAUCCCGUGGAAGUCCGUCAAGGGCAAGAAUAUUGAAAUGGCUAUGGCAUAA